CGGCAGUGGAAAGAAGAUGGAUGGAGGAAGGCGAAAGGAAAGGCCGGAGAAUGGGACAUGAAUGAUGGAGCCUCAAGCCCCAGAUCCCUCCCUCUCCAUCCUUCCCGGUGGCAUGGUAAUCUCAACAAACAGCCCGAACGCCAGGCCGCUUCUCGGAGACACCAGGGUAAAACCAAGGGCUGCUGCGGAAAUGGCAGGCUUGGGGAGUUUGGUCCUGCGGCCUUGGAUUCGAGACCUGGUCCUGGGGUCAGAUGCACUCUCAAGUCCGCAGGCGGGGCAGCUGCUCGAGGUGUUACAGGAGGCCGACGCUCCGGGCCCGUCCCACGCCUCUGACCCCUCUGACGUCGCAGCGGCGCUCCUUGUGUCUGACGGGACGCACAGUGUCCGGUGCCUAGUGACGCGGGAGGCCCUGAACGCCUCGGACUGGGAGGAGAAAGAGUUCGGCUUCCGAGGGACUGAAGGCCGGCUGCUGCUGCUGCAGGACUGUGGGGUCCGCGUCCAAGUCGCCGAAGGUGGCGCGCCCGCAGAGUUCUACCUCCAGGUGGAUCGCUUCAGCCUGCUGCCUGCAGAGCAGCGCCGGGAACGGGUGAUUGGUUGCAACCAGGACCCGGAUGUGCAGAAAAAGCUCUUUGACUGUCUGGAGGAGCACCUUUCAGAGUCCAUCUCCCCCAGUGCAGGACUUUCACUGUCCCAACUUCUGGAUGAAGUGCAAGAGGACCAGGAGCAUCGGGGGGCGCUAGUGCAUCUGGCUGAGAGCUGUCUGAUGCUGGCAGGCCCUUGCACAGCACGCCCCCUCACCCGCUGGACCUCCUCCUGCCAUAGGGCCACGGGAGAAGCUGUGUACACUGUCCUCAGCUCAUGGCUGCACAUCUCUGACAAUGACCAGCGAGUUCUGAGCUCUCUGCGCCCAGGUCAGAGAGCACCAGGCCCUGAGCUGCCUCCACCAGACCCAGGUUUGCAGGACCUAUCGCUGACCCUCAUUUCUCCUUCCUCGCCUACUUCCUCAGGUAAGGGGUUGCUCAGGCCACAGCCAUUCACUGCUAUCACCCAGGUUCCCAGGCUGCUGCAAAAGGUUGCACACCCAGGAACUCCAGCUUUAUCCAGCCACGUGUCCUCAGAGGAAAGCGGUGCCAGCAUCAGCCUUCUGCCUUCCCUGUCCUUGGCUGCUUCAGACCCAGUGCAAAAGGGCAGCGCCCAGGCUGUACCAGCCAUCUGUUCAGCCCCUGGCCCCUUGCCCCCUGGCUCCCCACACCCUAGCCAUGUUCCCAGUUCCCCACUCCUGAGCUGCACCCCAACUCUGUCACCCCUUGGCUAUGUACCCAGUCCACAUCAGGCCACUGUGACUAGGGCCCAGAAACCUAGCCUGGAAUUCAAGGAGCAAGGGUUGCCCCCCAAGAACUGGCAGCACUCUCCAAGGACAAAAAGCACCCCGGGAGCCCUGGAGUCCAGCCCUGUUUGGGACCCUCCAAAGCGGCAUCGUGAUGGUUCUGCCUUCCAAUAUGGGUAUGAGCCUCCCUGCACCUCCCUCUGUGCCCAGGUCCAAGCCAUCAGGCUCCCUCCCCAGCUCGUGGCCUGGGCCUUGCACUUUCUGAUGGAACCACCGCCGGAUUCUCAGCUAACCCAGGUGUGAGGGAUCAUGGGGGAGGAUAUAUGCACACAGAUCCAGGCCUGGGAUAGACAAACGGUGCUCCACGCUCUGCUCCUUUGA